UAAUCAUUUGCUUUGAAAUUGCUUCUAGUUCCUUCCUUUAGACAUCGUUUGGCUGGUCCAAUUAUUUUAACUUAAUCUUGUUCUCUCCGCAUCGGCUACGGGUGGGCGUCCUUGCGCCUGCAAUACUUGAAUCAGACAGUCUACACUCAAGUCGUCGACGUAGACCGUGACGUAGUAAUCAAACCUUCCUGCCAAUCUGGGACUGCCAACCAGUAGCCACGUUGUAUGAUGUGGCCUGCCGGCGGAACACCAACUCGUGGCCAACUUGAAGCUGACUAGCUGCAGUGAGCAAUACCGUACUACUUCUACUACCCCAAUUUAUAUUAUCCUCCGGCAAUCUCAGUCUCUCGAUUCGAUCGUUUUGGCUUCAACUUGAACCCACUAGUACGCAUUUGGAUGAGCUUACUUCCCAAAUGCUAAGCUACUUGUUGGCAGCAUUUCGCUGGUUACGAACCCUCUUUCAAGUUAUACUCAGAUCAUCAAGGAACUCGGAUGGCCCGUCAUCCAUUGCUAAACCCGACCGGGCUCGGGUAGCCUGGGUCAACGCGAUGCAAAAGUUCGAUACACUAGAUCAGAAUACAGAUGCAUUAUCAGCCCCUAGGCAUGUCCCCACAAGGUUGAUCAACAUCUUCACGGGACAAGUUGAAACCAUCCAGAAUGAUACCACGAAGCGCUAUGUCAUUGCAUCCUACCUUUGGAAUCCAGACAGAUUUUCGGACGCUCCGAGUCCAGAACACUAUUGUGGUUUGUGGGAUGACAUACCCCAGGCACCCACAUUCGACAAUUGGUUCCGUCUGACUUGUCUCAUGCAUCCAAACAUCGUUCAGGCAGUUGAUGCAGAGGAAAGGGAGUUGGAUCGUUUGCAUUGUCCGUCGGAAGUGCCGGCAGGGCUAUCUCGGGAAUAUCUACAAGAGAUAUUUUUCCUUGCUGCCAGGGAAGCUUUGUUGAUGGGUCUUGAGUAUGUCUGGAUGGACAGCAUUUGCGUCAACCAAGCAGAUCCAGAAGAUGUCGCGCACGAGAUACCAAGGAUGAGCGACUACUACAGCAAUGCAGCUUGCUGCGUUGCUGUAUCCGAAGCGCUACGCCGGCGCUAUGCUACCGCCAAAGACCCUCCCGAAGAUGACACAGGGUCAGAAUCCAGAAGUGAACAAGCUUGGCGCAGGAUUAUAACUUGGAUGAAGGGGUAUCAUGCCAAACGGGUCUGGGUCUUCCAGGAGACGUACUUGGCCAGAAAAGUUGUAGUCCGCGCUAGAAACAUCCGAAUCGACGCCAACGAAAUGUUCAAGACUAGCGACUCGGUUUCGUCACGCUCACGUCUCCUUCUCAGCAUAACGAGCGAUGAAUUUCCCAUUUCUCUCCCAAUAUCAGAUUGGGAUCGCCCAAUGUCACCUGAACUCUGUUUGCAGUACUGUCGCAAGCGAGACUGCGCAUUCCUUCAUGACAACGUCUACGGUAUUCUCGGCCUAUUCCCCCCAAAAAUUCGCCACUCGCUUCCGGUGGAUUAUCAACUUUCACCAGGAAUCAUUCUCGCCAUAUUUGCCUACUUGAGAGUUCGAGACGGGGAUUUAUCUGCUUUACUUACGCUCCAGCAUGAAAUCUACGAGAGGGAUGAACCCGGUCUCGGCAUCUCGUGGCUGCCUGCGGGCUUUGGCUGGCAGCCAAAGGAUAUCUUUGGCGUUACGCCGCAUGCCGAAAUCUCGCCUCAUGUUGACCCUGAGGGCAUACUUCACAUGUCUAUGCACUAUCUCGAAGUGGAGAAAGUUGCCAUAAACUUGAGUUUCGCGUCGAUUGCUGUAGAGCACGAUGAUCUCAAUAUCGAUAUCCACCUCAUGCCACGCUAUGCUGAGCUCUUCCGCCAAAGGCCGCCUCAAACCGGAAUAUAUAUUGUCGGGGGGAUAUUGGAACCUUCCAAUAGCGGGCGCGAACCUUCCCACUUUGGUCCGCCUACCUUUCGACAGCAGAUCGCAGAUAAGGAGCGCAAGGAAAGAUUGGCGUUUUUGAAUCAGAAAGCGAAAGAGAGACGGGGCGAAGUUGUAUUAGCAACCUUUGGGGAGCAGAGUUGGUCGUUUGAUGAAGUUCCCAACUGGUGGUUCUGGCUUUUAUUGGCAAGCGAUGAUGAAGGAAAGACAUGGAGAAGAUUCGGAAUAGCUAUCAGCCACGAAGUUAAGACUGGCUCGAUCGCACGAAAGAGAUUUAGUAUUCGGUAGUGAAAAUAUAAACUACUACUACUGUGUAGAUCAUAGUGUAGAGUGCUGCGCUUUGGAGUAUUUGCUAGAAAUAAUAUAUAUCUACAGGGUUUGAAAAAGAGUGACAGCACCGCCUUCGAGUCCAGGACCAAGCAUGGACCGGAGGCACCGGUGAGGAUUCGCAUGCUUAGGAAAGGAGCGAACACCGGUUCACCUACCUACUAGUAGACC